AAGCACUGGGAGAUCACCUCCGCCCGUCACCUCCUCCUCCCCUCAUCCAGGUCCACCCGGGGCUCCCUCCCCCGGGCCGCCCCCGAACACGAAGUUGGCGGGAGCCUAUAAAAGCCGGUGACGGCGCGACCCGCGGACACACGGUGCAGGCGCCCGAGCCGCCGCCGCUAGAACGGCGCCAACUCCUGCCCUGCCUCGACCAGCGGCGCGCCAUGGCCCAUCACUGGGGAUACGGCAAGCACAACGGACCGGAGAACUGGCAUAAGGACUUCCCCAUUGCCAAGGGAGAGCGCCAGUCCCCUGUUGACAUUGACACCAAAGCAGCCCUUCAUGACCCUGCCCUGAAGUCUUUGUGUCCUUCCUACGAGCAAGCGGUUUCUCGGAGGAUCCUCAACAACGGUCACUCUUUCAAUGUGGAAUUUGAUGAUUCCCAGGACAAAGCAGUGCUGAAAGGAGGACCCCUCACUGGCACUUACAGAUUGAUUCAGUUUCACUUUCACUGGGGUUCAUCUGAUGGGCAAGGUUCUGAGCAUACUGUGGAUAAAAAGAAAUAUGUUGCAGAGCUUCACUUGGUUCAUUGGAACACCAAAUAUGGGGAUUUUGGAAAAGCUGUGCAGCAACCUGAUGGACUUGCUGUUUUAGGUAUUUUUUUGAAGAUUGGUGAUGCCAGACCAGGCCUACAAAAAAUCCUCGAUGCACUGGAUUCUAUAAAAACAAAGGGUAAGAGUGCUGACUUCACUAACUUUGACCCUAGUGGCCUCCUUCCUGAAAGUUUGGACUACUGGACCUACCUAGGCUCACUGACCACUCCUCCCCUUCUGGAAUGCGUGACCUGGAUUGUGCUCAAGGAGCCCAUCAGUGUUAGCAGUGAGCAGAUGCUGAAAUUCCGUAGGCUUAAUUUCAAUAAGGAGGGCGAGCCUGAGGAACUGAUGGUGGACAAUUGGCGCCCGGCUCAGCCACUGCACAACAGACAGAUUAAAGCAUCCUUCAAAUAAGAUGGCCCCAGAGCCCACGGCCCAAGAGUGGAUCUUUGGGCUUCCCCUUAGCUAAGCACAAAUCUACCUUGGUGAAUUGGACCUUGGCUGCUUUGCAUCUGGUUUUCUAGAUCCUUUAUCUCUCACCUGUUGUGCUUAUUAGUAAAAUGUGAAAAACUUGACCAGUUGUCGAGCUUGACCGAAUUGCUGUGACUAGAGCUUUGCUUAUGGUAAUAGCCUUUCUGUACUAGAGAAUAUAAUAUAAGGAGUAGGCAAAAAAAACAUCUUGACUUUGUUCGUAGCACAUGGGUGAUGAGCACUGACAGUUGUUCACAAAAAUGCUAACUUUAAAACAUAGGAAAGUAGGAUGAUUGAGUGCAAAUCCAUGCCAUGAGAUAAAUUGAGCUCUGUAAUGUAAAUCAGGUGAAAUAGUCAUGAUUCUAUGUAAUGUAAAUCAGAUGAAAUAAAUGUUCAUGAUUCUGAGAUGUUAUAUUAAAGAAAAAAAUUUUAAAUUCUUAUAUAUUUGUAGCAAUGUUAUCUUGAAAAUGAAUUAUGUUGUAAUUUAGUGUCUUUUGAAUUACAGAGAUGUAUAUGAAGUAUUAUCUGUAAAAAUUGUUAUAGUUGUGAUACAGAGUAUAUUUCCAUUCCAAUAAUAUAUAACUUAAUAAAUAUUGUAUUUUAGAUAUAUUCUUUAAUAAAAUUUAGACUUUUA